GCCUUCUCUGUGCUUUUUGCUGUCGAUCCUCAGCGGCUUGCGCUUCAUCUCCGCCGAGGAACAGUCGCCCUGUGUCCGACACGCACUUGUUUUUUUCCCCUUCAGGUUCACCCGAGGACGUUGUAAGCGGAGCCGAGUGCGAUGCUGAGGCUGCUCUUCCUGGUUGCGCUCGCCGGGUUCGCCCGAGCGAGCGACGUGCUCGACUAUACGGACGACGACUUCGAAACCAAAAUUGGAAGCCACGACCUCGCCCUCGUCGAGUUUUUUGCGCCGUGGUGUGGCCAUUGUAAACGUCUUGCUCCAGAGUACGAGGUAGCGGCCACGCGCCUGAAAGGCCUCGUCGCUCUGGUCAAGGUCGACUGCACAGCCAACAGCCAAAUCUGCGGCAAAUAUGGAGUCAACGGCUACCCCACCCUGAAGAUCUUCAGGGAAGGAGACGUCUCCGGCCCCUAUGAGGGUCCCAGAAUUGCAGACGGGAUUGUCAGUUUCCUGAAAAAGCAGGCUGGCCCCGCCUCUGUGGAGCUCAAGACCGAGGCGGAGUUUGAGAAGUUUAUCGCAGACAAAGACGCAAGUGUUGUUGGGUUCUUUGCCGACCACGAGAGUGCCGCAAACACAGAGUUCCAGAAGGCCGCCAGCACCCUGAGGGAGAACUUCCGCUUCGCCCACACCUUCUCCGAGGCGCUCCUCAAGAGCAAGGACGUCGACCAAGAUGGCGUCAUCCUGUUCCGCCCGGCCAGACUCAGCAACAAGUUUGAAGACUGCUCGGUCAGAUUCAGCGAAGAAAAAUUCACCAGCAACAAAAUCAAGAGAUUCGUUCAGGACAGCGUAUUUGGAAUCUGCCCUCACAUGACCGACGACAACAAAGACCAGCUGAAAGGGAAAGACCUGCUGGUGGCCUAUUAUGACGUAGACUACGACAAAAACCCCAAAGGCUCCAACUACUGGAGGAACAGGGUGAUGAAGGUGGCCAAGACCUUCCUGGACCAGGGCAAGCAGCUCAGCUUCACCGUGGCCAACAAGUUCUCCUUCACCCACGACCUGUCCGAGUUUGGCUUUGACAACAAAGACGGAGAGCUCCCCCUGGUGGCCAUCCGCACCACUAAGGGAGACAAAUACGUCAUGGCCGAGGAGUUCUCCCGUGACGGAAAAGCCCUGGAGCGUUUCCUGCAGGACUUCUUUGAUGGCAAGUUGAAGCGCUACCUCAAGUCUGAGCCCAUCCCCGAGAACAACGACGGGCCCGUCAAGGUUUUGGUGGCCGAGAACUUUGAUGCCAUCGUCAAUGACGACAGCAAAGACGUGCUCAUCGAGUUCUACGCCCCAUGGUGCGGACACUGCAAGAGCCUGGAGCCCAAAUACAUCGAACUUGGAGAGAAGCUCGCCAUGGAUCCUAACAUAGUCAUCGCCAAGAUGGACGCCACAGCCAACGACGUGCCGUCACCUUACGAAGUCUCUGGAUUCCCCACAAUCUACUUCUCGCCGGCCGGCCAGAAGACGAAGCCAAAGAAGUACGAGGGAGGUCGCGAGGUGAGCGACUUCAUCGCCUACCUGAAGAAGGAGGCGGCCAACCCCUUGGAGGUGCAGGAGGAGCCGAAGAAAAAGAAGGAUCCCAAGAUCGACCUAUAAAAAGUCCAAUGAGAAGACGGGAGGCACCACGGCAUCCCUGCCACCAUUUUGGGGGAAUCCACAGAACUCAAUUCUAUUCCUCUGUUAGUGAACUACAGAAUGCUCUGAAGCCAAGUUGAAAGGCAAUUUGGUCCUCUGCUGCUUUGGAAAUACCGUGGAAGAAGCAGGGGAUAUUUUUUCUUUUUUUUUUUUUUUAGCAAAAGGGGACGGCUUUUCAAAAUUCCUGCGAUUUUUUUGUUUUGUUUUGUUAAGAGAUUUCCAGUCCUGGCGGAUGCACUUGGAUAUCCGACAGCAGUGGAGAGCGUCAGGAUGUUGGUGAAUUGUUUCUUUCUGUUUUUGUACAUUUGGAAGGAUUGUGAAAUAAUAAAAAAAAAAAAGGCCCACAAGAACCAAAACUAA